AUGCUAACUGCUGACAAUUUAAGGGAUAAAUUAAAUGUGAAAAUAGUAUGCUACCAUUAUUACAAAUCAAGAUCUCCGUUUAAUGAUACUGGCGAUGUAGUUGAAGAUUGUAAUAGCAAAGAAGUUCAAUCUAUGGCAUCAAAAUUUCUUGCAAUGUUAAAUUUAUGUUCCGCAAUACCUGCCAUAUUUAGAGCAGGUCCGUAUGGUUCUCUAUCAGAUCGACGAGGUCGUCGUAUUGUUCUUCUUUUACCCACUAUCGGUGCCGUUAUAAGCACUAUAAUUAAUAUUCUUGUAGGGACGUACUAUAAAUCUCUUAGUUUAUACUUCUUAGUAGUAAGUCCACUAAUUGAUGGCAUAACUGGAGGUUUUUUACCCGUUAAAGCAGCAUUUUACGCCUAUGCCACCGACUGUACACCUAUAGAGCGUAGGAACAUAGUAUUUUCACGAUUACAAUCUGCGAUAUUUAUAGGAUUCGCAAUUGGCCCUUUAUUGGGUGGAAUAAUUCUCAAGUUUACAGACAAUCUUUUGUCCGGAUUCUAUGUCAACCUUACGAUAUACAUAGCCUUUUGUAUAUUUGUCAUCUUUAUCCUACCAGAAUCACUUUCUAAGGAAACUAGUGAUAAAAAUAUUUUGCAACAAAAACAUAUGAAAGAUGCAUUAAAAAGGAAGAGUAAGCAUUUUAUAUGGAUUUGGCAUAUAAUUGAUAUGUUUAAACCUUUGCUAUUAUUUCUUCCGCGUAAAACUAGAAUCCAGAGUGAUAAUAACGCAACAAUACAACAAUUAAGCGAAGCAAGAAAGACUGUUACUUCAAUUGCCUUUAUGGGUAGUCAAACAUUAUUUUUUUUAUAUACUGCGAAAAAGUUUAGUUGGACUGCGGUUGAACAAGGAUACUUUUUUUUUAUGAUGGGA